GGAACCCACCUCCCACUAACACACACUCCCUUUCCCUUUAUUCCCCCGUCCUCACCGGCAAUAUCUUCGCCCUACACCCAGCGGCGGUUCUUGGUCGACCAAGUAACUCAAAAUCCCCGAUUCCUGUACUGUUAUCAAUUAGAAAAAAACAGAUUUAGCUUCGAAAACCCUUAGUUGAGAUACGUCAAACACACUACAAUUACUUCAUGGAAUUCAAACAAAGAAGUCAACACUCACACUCCCGAUCUGUACGCUUUGAUUAAUUCUCCUUUCUUUCAAAUCUACCCCUAUCUUUUUCUCUUAAUCCAAUUCUAAAAGUGAAGUUCGAAUCUACACGGAUAUGUUAUGAUAUGCUCUUUACUUAAAUCUAGUUUUCGAAACACCACACUUUUUACCUUUUGAAUUUGCGGGGCACACUUCGAUCAACUGAGCACGGAAGAGAUUUCGCAUAACUCUAAACUCCAUAACAAAUGAUUAGGCUGCAAUCAAGUUCCGGUGAAAUGAUGCAGACAUCACUUUUGAUUUAAGCGACUAUGAGGAAGAUAUGGUGGAGACAAUUUAAAUAAACGGCACUUGUAAGUUUCAUGAUCAUUCUAAUGUUUAAGUUCUGCAACUGAUGUAACAGAUGAGAAACUCAUCAAAAGAAGAAUUUAUUCAUCUGGAUCUCUUUUGUUUUGAUUCGGGAAUCGGGAUGAAGAUAGGUUUGAUUUCUUCGUUGGUGGUGGCUAGAGAAUUCCUCGGAGUGAUGGAUGUUUCAUGAGGAAUGAAGUGGGGUGCAACUAAAUAUAAAUAUAAUAAUAAUAUAAAUAUUACAUAAAUAAAUAAAAAACAGAGAAAGGCAUAUAUUCGUUUUACUUGGAAGCAGGGCAAAAAAUCAUUCUGAAGCAACCAAAUGUGGACCAAAAUUGCAAACUGAUAAAAAAUUCAGGGACCAAAAUAUGACUUACACUAAACCUAAAUGACACAUGUCACUCGUGGACAAAUAUGGACGGGCCAAAAGUGUUAAUGGUUCUUUGAUUCUGAGACAAAAUAAUGUCACUUUAUUGUUUCAAAUGAAAAUUGUCCCAUCUAGAAUUGUCUUCAAAAAUCUCGUUGGUUUUAACGAUGAUAUCAAUGGGAAAACAAGUCACUUUAGGAUAGCUUUAUUAAAGUCACUUUAGGAUAGUUUAGCUUUAUUCAAAGCGUAAAGAAAUUUCUUGAGCUUUUUGAAUUGGAAAGUUCUUGGAAGCUCACAUCUCGAUCUAUAUAAAGUUCCUAUCUUUGAGGUUCUCAAAUCACAUACCUUCUAUCUCAACAAAAUCAACACAUCGAUGGCAUCUUCAUCGUCUUCUCUUUCUGUGCCGUCAUUAUCUUCUCAGUUGUGGCAAUACCAUGUUUUUCUUAGUUUUAGAGGAGAAGACACUCGUAAGAAUUUUGUGGAUCAUCUCUACACAGCUCUUGAACACCAAGGGAUCUUUACUUACAAGGACGAUGAAACACUUCUUCGGGGUGAAUCAAUCGGCCCAUCCCUUGAGAAGGCUAUUGAAGAAUCACAAAUUUCUAUCAUCAUAUUCUCUAAAAACUAUGCUGAUUCUUCAUGGUGUUUAGAUGAACUUGUACAUAUCAUGAAAUGCAAGGAUAAGAGAGGCCAAGUCGUGAUACCCAUAUUUUAUGACGUUGAUCCUUCCGAUGUUCGAAAACAAAAACGCAAAUAUGGAGAAGCAUUUGUGAAACAUGAGUUGGAGAACAACAAUAAGGUUGAAUAUUGGAGAAAAGCACUUACGGAUGCAACUAACAUUUCUGGAUGGGAAACCGAGCACAUUGCCAACGGGCAUGAGUCGAAGUGCAUCAAAAAAAUUGUUGACACAAUUUCACAUAGGUUGCAUCCAAUAACUUCAAGUGUGGAUGACAACCUGGUUGGAGUAGAGGCUCGCAUGCAACAUUUGAUACCAAAGUUACAGAUUGGGCUUGGCGGUAAGAGGAUGAUUGGAAUAUGGGGGGUUGGGGGCGGUGGUAAGACUACUCUUGCCUCUUCUAUUUAUGAUGAAAUCUCUAGCAAGUUCGAUGGUUGCUGCUUUCUAAAAAAUAUACGGGAGGAAUCAAGUAACAAAGACGGGUUGGAAAGAUUGCAAACGAAAAUUCUUUGUGGUGUUUUGAAACAAAAACAAGUGGAGGUGGGGAGAGUUGAAGAAGGAAGGCGCAUGAUAAAGGAUAGGUUACACCGUAGAAAGGUCUUGAUUGUUCUUGAUGAUGUUGAGAACCUUGAGCACCUGGAACAAUUAGUUGGAUCACGUGACUGGUUUGGUGAAGGAAGCCGCAUAAUAAUCACAACUAGAGAUGAGCAUGUUUUAACUGGACAUAAAGUAGAUGUGAUACACAAUAUUACCUUGUUAAACAAUGACGAGGCUAUGAAGCUCUUUUGCAAGCAUGCACCUUGUGGUCACAAACCUUUAGAAGAUUACGACCUUCUUUCAAAAGACGUGGUUUCUUAUGCUGGUGGGCUCCCAUUAGCACUUAGUGUUCUCGGUCGUUUUCUAUGUGACAAAGAGAUGGAUGAGUGGAAAAGUGCAUUGGCUAGACUGAAAGAUAUUCCAGAUGCUGAUAUCUUGGAAAAGCUAAAAAUCAGCUUUGAUGGACUCAACACUGUGGAGAAACAGUUGUUCCUUGAUAUUGCAUGUUUCUUCAGAGGGAGGUAUAAAGAUAACGAAGAGAUAAUGAUGAUACUUAAUGCUUGUGGUUUUCACCCUGUUAUAGGCAUAAAGGUGUUGGUACAAAAGGCUCUCAUAACUAUUACAGAAUAUGGAAAGUUUGAUAUGCAUGAUUUAGUACAAGAAAUGGCACACUACAUUAUUAGAAAGGAACACCCCAACAAUCCUGAUAAACAUAGCAGAAUCUGGAAGGGGGAAGAUGUUCUAAAAAUAUGUGCAAUGGAUGCAACGACGAACCUUGACAAGAUUGAAGCUAUAUAUGUUCAGCGUAUCAGGAGUGACGAAUCACGUGUUCUUCAGGUCACUGCAAACAUGAAGAAACUUCGGUGGAUUGAUUUGAACCUUAAUCUGGCAGAAGCUGAAUUGGUUAUAGUGCCAGAAAAAUUUCCACCAAGGGAGCUUUGUUGUCUAACAUUGAGGUUUCUCAAUGCAAAACAACUUUGGGCGGGUUACAAGUUUCUACCAACCUUGAGAAUGAUCAGACUCUUUUACUUGACGAACCUAAUCAGGACACCAGAUUUUGACGGGCUUCCUAACCUUGAAAGAUUCAUAGUUGAUGGAUCUCCGCUUUUAGAAGAGAUCCAUCCAUCAUUUGGACGUUUGGAAAAUCUUGUUUGUGUAGAGAUACGAGAUUGUGAAAAUCUUAAUAUGGUUCCACCCAUUACCCGGUCGAAGAAACUCGACUCUUGUACUACUCUCAAGUUGCAGUUCAUUUAAUAAUUUUCUACCUCACAACGUGAACCACAUAGGGGCAUGGUUUUUUGGUGGAUGCUUAAGAAAGCUGGAUCUCAGCUGGUGCAGUUUGGCAGACAGAGACAUCAAAUCUGCAGCUGUUUGGGUGUUACCCAAAUUGCAAGAACUCAAUCUUGAAGGAAAUAGAUUUGCACGGUUGAAUUUUAGUAUCUGGCGACUUCCUCGGCUCAAAUGGCUGAACGUGUCACGUUGCAAAAAACUUGUAGAAUUGUCGGAGCUGCCAUCAAGCAUAGCUGUUGUUAUUGCGAAUAAGUGUAGUUCAUUUCAAAGCUUUGGAGAUAUUUCAAACUGUAAAUGGUUGUGGAAAGUCUCACAUUUAGAGGAUUACAAUGUAGGUCCAAUUAUUGGUGAGAUAUUACUAGAUUCCAUGCUCCAGGGAAAUGCUAAAGAUUACUUUAUCAGUAUCAGCCUUUCAGGCUUUGACAUUUGGAGAGGGCCAUCUGUACUUUGGGUCGUCUGGGUGAAGACUUAUAAUAUGCUGCUUCUACAUGAUUGGUACAAUCACUUUUCUGGGAUUUUGAUGUUUGUCAAACCCAAUAAGAAAUUUGCUGGGAUCCCUGACAUAACCAUCAAGCUGGGUGUCCUGGAAAUUAUUCAAUCUGAGCUUGGUCAGGAGGCUAAUGAAACACUUGACACUCGUUAUCAUGAUACAAGAUAUGUAGGAUAUGUUUCCUUUAGUUCAUUGAGGCACACCGGAUGCUUGAAUUCAACGUACAAUUUCAUUUCCUUUUCCUGCGAUGAGGAUUUAUAUGGAGACGGGCAUAGCUUUAGAGCUGUACUUGUUCCUAAAGAUGAUCUGAUGCAAACAACGAAAGUCACAACAGAUUCCUCAGAAUUUUGGGAUGAUAACAUAAAGACAUUUGUUGUAAAACAUGAUUUAAACUCCUCUAUCGAGAUUUUAUGGAAACCAUAAGUUGGUAGACAUAAUCCCAGAGGUUGGUUGACUACCCACGAGUUUUCCCCUCAACAUAAUCUUUUGUGUCACCAUUAAAUUAUCUGUUGUACCAUUUUCCUGUCUUCAGUUGGUUGCUACCAAUUAAAGUUUAUGCUAAUUAAAGUACAUUCAAGAGUCACUUUAGUCUCAAAUUCAUAGAUGUUUGUUUAAUGAUCAUGGUAGUUGUUUUUGUUAAAAAGGAUUACAUCCCGAUUGAUUAGAUUGAAAAUUGUAUGGUAAAAUGUGUCUUUAUACGAUA